CAUGAAGCUUCAACCUCUCCUUCAGUGUGUGUCCGAGGUGAUUCAUGCAACAAAGUGAAUUACAGUAACAGAAGAAUCUGUGCAUUUAAAGGAUCAUCAGUGGACAUUUCUUCUACUUACAACAGCUAUGAAAGUCCAAUCCAAUCAACAUCCUGGUUCCGUUCUGGUCGUGAAUCUGAGGACCUCAGAGAAGACUCCCAGUAUGCAGGUCGUGUUGAGCUGAUUGAAACAGAGACAGGACGCUCCACUCUGAGAAUCAGAGACCUGACAGAGAGUGAUUCAGCCGAGUAUCACUUCAAAUUCAAAACACAAAGAUUUGAAUGGAGGAGUAGUUUACCUGGAACAACUCUGACUGUCACAGUUCUGCAGGUGAAGGUGAGCAGAAUAAUAUCCGUCCAUGAGUCUCAGACUGAGGCAGAGCUGAAGUGUGAAAGCAGCUGCAGUCCAGCUGGUCGUCUUUCUUUCGUCUGGUUCAAGAACAAUCAGUUUAUGGUUGAACAAAGUUCCUAUCAAGAUCUGUUCAGUCCUGGAGACAUCAUCUCCUGUGCUUUCAAAGGACAUGAAGAUUACCGCUCUCCACCAGUGUAUGCUCCAAAAUCUGCUUCAGUACUGGUGCUCAAUAACUCUCCUGAGAUAAUGGAGGGUAGCUCUGUGAAUCUGACCUGCAGCAGUGAUGCUAACCCAGCAGCUAAUUACACCUGGUACAAGGACAAAAAGCCAAUCAGUACAGAACAACAGCUCAUCUUCAGCUCCAUCCUGUCUUCUGACUCUGGAGAGUAUCAUUGUACCGCUAAGAAUGAGCUGGGCCAAAGACCAUCUGAAGUCAUCUUUAUCAAUGUGAAAUAUGCUCCAAAGCUUCCCUCUGUGUCAGUGAGUCCCUCUGCUGGGAUAGUGGAGGACAGUUCAGUGAAUCUUACCUGCAGCAGCGAUGCUAAUCCAGCAGCUAAUUACACCUGGUACAAGGAGAACAAAUUAUUGCUUCAUGGACCAGUGGGAAGGUACCAUUUAUCCUCCAUCAGCUCUGAGGGCAGCGGGAACUACUCCUGCAAAGCUGAGAAUCUGUAUGGACCAGCACAGUCCGUAACUCUAUACAUAGAUGUCGAGUAUCCUCCAAAGCUUCCCUCUGUGUCAGUGAGUCCCUCUGCUGAGAUAGUGGAGGGCAGUUCAGUGACUCUGACCUGUAGCAGUGAUGCUAACCCAGCAGCUAAUUACACCUGGUACAAGGAGGAUGAAGACUCACCAAAAGCAUCAGGACACAACUUCACCAUCACUGACUUCAGACCCGAACACAUUGGCAGUUAUUACUGUGUUGCACAGAACACAAGAGGACAUCAUAACUCCACCUUACAGCUGAUUGUUACAGCAAGUUCAGUGAAAUCAGCUGCAAUUGCAUCGAUGACUAUUUUCUUUUUGGCUAUCAUAAUCCUCUCUGCAGUCAUAUUCAUAAGAAAAACGAGGCCCUUAAAAGUCAUUUUCUCCAAAGAGAGGCCAAACAGCAUGGCACAGAAAAGUGCAUCUCCAGAACAUGAUGGCCCUUCAGCUCCAGCAGCAGAGCAGCAGGACGACCUUUGCUACGCCAGUGUCAGUUUCUCAAAGAGCCAAGAAGAUCCUCUCUACUCCAACAUUAUGCCCACUAAACCCAAAGGACAAAAUGAAGAGGAUGAGGAAGAGGGAGGGGGAGAUGUGGAAUACUCUCUUGUCAAGUUUAUUAAUGGAGCCCAAGGAUUAAGAGGUGAACAGGUGGAAGAUUCAUCUGCGCUGUACAGCACAGUCAGGAAAAUCUACCAUUGAAUCUGUAAGGAUGUGUUUGUAUUUAUUAAAGAGUGUUGAGCGUUUUUGGUUAAUGGUCUUUUGGAAAACUGGGAAUGAAGAAGAAAUUAUCCAUGACAGCUAGGCCUUUAAUUUGUUUGAUAUGUAUAGUGUAGGACAUUUCAAAUGUAUUCAAAUUUGUGCAUGAAUGUGGUUUCAACAUAGAUUUAAUUUUUAUGCACUGCUUUUUAAUAACACUCACUGUCCUGAUCAGUAUAUGUACACAUGUACAAUCUUGCUUCCUUCAUUUUCUAAUGCGAUCAUUCAAAUGCAUUAUAGCUCCGUCUCCAUGCACUGAUGACUGUUUUAUGUAUCUGCCAACUCAAAGAGAUUUUUUAUUUACUGUGGCUUUGUUUAUUUUUUAAGAAUGUGACUUAUUUACCAACGCUUUCACUCUCAUAAUAACCU